AGCUAGCUAAUGUACACAUACCUUAAUGUAAAAUAGUUAAGAUUAAGAAUGCAAGCAUAAUGUUAAGAUUAAGAACGCAAACAUAAUGUAUUCCUACACCUGAAAGAAGAAACUACUUUCUUGCUCUUGUCUGGAUUAAGAUCAUUCUAUUCUCGACCGCUGUUAAGAUAAGAUAACCUCAUAUAAUAAAUUUGUAUUUUAUAAUUAAAUUAUUAGUGUUUUAUUUCAUUAACAAUUAACAUAAUUGUUACAUGGUGUCAAAAGUGGGAUACAUACAAAAAAAAAAAACACUCAAUAACAACAGCAACUACCGGAGGAGUAUUAAACAAACAAAAGAAAAAGUAUCGCGUCGCUGUAGGUACGUGUAUUUUUUUUGUUACUUGGAAAUCAACUUCUAGAAUCAAUGACGUCAUCUGACCGCGUGCCUGCUGAGCUAGAUUGCUCACAUUUGGGGAAACAGUGGCCAAGCUGGAAACGUACAUUUCUAAUGUACAUGAUGGCCACAGGAAAAAACGAGGAAAGCGAAACAAAAAAAAUUGCAACAUUCCUAUGGCUUAUAGGUCCAGCUGCAAUGGAAAUUUAUACCACGUUGUUCCCAAAUGAUGGCACAACUGAUGGAAUACUGGGAAAUCAAAAUGCUGUGGCUCCAGGAAACGAACAAGCAGGCGAAGGCGAUAAUCAAGCAGAAGAGCGACAGUCACGCACACUUGAGGAAAUCAUAAUUGCUUUCGACCGCUACUGCAUUCCAAAAAAAAAUGUAACAAUGGAGACAUUCAAGUUCAACCAAAUAUUGCAGAAAGAGAAGCAGUCAUUCACUGACUUCGAAACUGAAAUCAGGAAACAAAUUCAGUUCUGCGAAUUUGGUUGUGCUUGUGGUGUCUCCUACGAAGAAAAAAUGAUAAAGGACAGAAUCAUCAUCGGGGUCUAUGACAAAAAGCUGCAGCUUAAGCUCCUGGAUGGGAGGGAUGAAUCACUGCAAAACGUGAUUUCAGUUUGCAAGGCGUCCGAGGCAGCAAAUGCUAACAAAGUCUUGCUUGAUAGAGGUGCCAUCGCUCAAAAGGCAUACAGUGUGGAACAACAACAAAUCAGCGCUAUAAAUCGACGAUGCUACAACUGUGGGGACGACUUCACUCCUUCACAUCUUAGAAGCUGCAAAGCAAACGGGGUAACUUGUCGAUGUUGUGGAAAGCAGGGGCACUAUCAAAGGUUGUGCAAAUCAAAAGGAAAACAAGGGGAGCUAACUGGAUAUCAUAAGGAAAACAAAAAGCCAGACAACUACAAUAAAGGAAAGCCUUCGGUUCACUCUUUGCAAUACUGGGGUGACUCAUCAGAAUAAAUUCGAAUAUCUUUGGAAAAAAAGAGCAAUGGAAAAAAACAUUCUUGAUAGGGAAUGAACACAUCACCUUUAAACUUGACACUGGAUCUGAUGUCAAUUGUAUACCGGUUUAUUUAACAAAAAAAC